CCUUCAAAAUUUUGCUGCACUUUUGGCAAACAAAAUAUUUUUGUGCUCGUCUCGAAGAAAUUGUCAACAUAAAUUAGAACAUGAUAAAAUUUUCAAUCGUCAAAGCACUCUAUAAACACUAGGACAAAUUAAUCACGUCUAAUCUUGGAAAAUGAUUUGAACUGAAGACUAAAUUGUGUAGAAUAAGUGAAUAUUUUUUUACUUCGCGAAGUUCAAGCUAUUUAAAACUUUUCUAAUUAAUUAAUUAAUUAAUUAAUUAACUGGAAAUUUAUGAAUGAAAUGAAAGAAGCGGCGAAUUCAGUGACGGAAAACAACGAAUGUGUUCUUGGGAAUGGAGAGACGUCACCGAGUGAGGAGACUUCUGGCAAGAGAAAGUUGCGUUCCUGGUUGAAUCGAUUAUUGAGAAUAAAAAUGACUGAUGGAAGGGUCCUCACAGGUGCAUUUUUAUGCACUGAUCGCGAUGCAAACGUUAUUCUCGGUUCCUGCGAGGAGUUUCUCUCUGAGGAUCACACAGAAGCGAGGGCACUGGGGCUGGUGAUGGUGCCAGGACGUCACAUUGUCUCGAUUCACCUCGACCCCUGGUGGAGUGAAAACGAAAAAACAGCCUGAAGAUUGAAUUCUGUGGUGAAGUGGUGGAAUUAAAGAAAAUCAAAAUUUUCCUUCACUAUUUUGCAAAUAUCUCCGAAGCCAAUAGCUUCACAAAAAAAAGCCAGAGAGAUUAUUUUCGGCUCUGAAAAUUUCCCAUAAAAAUAUCUUAUAACAUUUUCCUUCAAACCUCAUCCCUUCGAGGAUAUUUGCAUUAUAAUUUCCAAAUAUGUAGAAUUCAUUUUUACCACUUUUGUACUGAAUAACAAAAGCCACAAUAUUUCCCUCGCUUUUCACAAAUUUUUCACUUCUAGUCCAGAUCCAACUCUUCUGGAACAUUUGUACUGUCUGAACUCUUCGACUUCUCCCUCGUUUCGUCUGAAAUUAAUAAAGUACAAUGAAAAGUGAAUAAAAGUUUGGAGAAUAAAUAUCAUAUGUGUAUAAAAUUGAAAAUAUAAUUUCGUUUUUAAGA